UUAUAAAGGCAGUAACGCUGCACACAACUGUUGCAGGAGGACUGGGGCUCAACAGGGCACAAACAACCUUUCAAUCUGGACUAUUAACCACCAGCCCUGUAAAUAAGAUCCAUUUCUUCUCAAUAUUAUCAGCAACAAUGACAGCCACCAUCGUUUCUUCUUUCUUCGAUUACAGUGAAGUGGCGAACAAGCAUAACAAAAUGUUGAACUUCAACAACAACAGUCUUUUCGGUGGGUCCCACUCAACCACUGGCCCCUGCCCUAGUGCCAACCCCUCCUCCUGUACCCCCACUGGGUCCCUGCUGGACAGGAAGGUGGUGGGGGUGCCCUCUGGAGGAGGGCUGUUCCAGCGCCGCCAUUCCGUCACCAUCCCCAACGCCAAAUUCAAUCAGAACCAGUUCAUCAACAGCCUCAAGACGGACCCGUCGGUCCUGAUGGGCAGCGGCAACAACAAGGAGAACCGCUUCCGGGACCGUUCCUUCUCGGAGACGGGAGAGAGACUGAAGUCGGGUGGCUCCUUGUGCCUCGGCGGCGGAGUCGGUCAGGUGAACUCCAGCCGCUACAAGACAGAGCUGUGUCGGCCCUUCGAGGAGAACGGCACCUGCAAGUACGGAGACAAGUGUCAGUUCGCCCACGGCAUCCACGAGCUGCGCAGCCUGAGCCGACACCCCAAGUACAAGACGGAGCUCUGCCGCACCUUCCACACUAUCGGCUUCUGCCCCUACGGCCCCCGCUGCCACUUCAUCCACAACGCAGAGGAGCGCCGCGGCCCCCCUCCGCUGUCCAGCUUCAACAAGCUGGAGCGUCCUCGGCUGCAGCACAGCCUGAGCUUCGCUGGCUUCCCCAGCUCUGGAGGUCUGCAGGACAGCCCCACCUCCGUCACCCCUCCACCCAUGUUCUCCACAGAGGACCUGAGGGAGUGGCAGACCAACCCCUUCACCUACUCCAGCCAGGAGCUUGCCAACCCCUUCGGCCCCAGCCUCGGGGGGCCCCCUGUCUCUGAGCCUAUGGGCCAACCCUCUCCCUCACCCACAACCCCCUACUUCUUUCGGCCCAUGUCGCCCCCUUCCCCCCUGGACUCUCUGUCUGACCAGGAGGGCUACCAGAGCAGCUUGGGGAGCCAGAGUGGAUGUGAGUCUCCCAGUCUGGAGGCCUCUCGCCGCCUCCCAAUCUUCAGCAGGCUGUCCAUCUCUGAUGAUUAGGAGGCUGCACCCGCCCACUGUCCUGGGAUGGAGAGUUGAGCCUGAGUGAGUGAAUGACUGAAUGAAUGACUGAAUGAGUGAGUGAAUGACUGAAUGAAUGACUGAAUGAGUGAGUGAAUGACUGAAUGAAUGACUGAAUGAGUGAGUGAAUGCUUCCCCGCCUGCCCUCUCACCCCAUCACACCCCCACCCCACUCUGGGCCUUGUUUACAACAGAGGAGUGGACAGUUUUUGUGCAGUGUUGUAGCUACUGAGUAAUAUCAGAAAGGGGAGUGCCUUCUCUCUGCAGAGGAAGCGUAGCAACCCACUCUCCCCUCUUUCCCACCAGCUGUCCUCACUGAACCAUCCCCCUCCACCCCCCCCACCCUGUCCCCCCCCCGGGUUGAAUCUGAUCAGGCAGCAGACAGCAGUGUGCUUUGUUUCCCCAAAUGUGUUCUCCCUAAAUCACUUUGAGCAAUUAACAAAUGAGAAUGGGAGUUGUGCCGUGGUAUAACCUGGUAAUGAAGGAGGGGAUGUGGUGGUGGGAUCAUGUCUGGAGGUCUGGGCUCCCUCCCAGUCGGCUUGUGUGUAGCAGUGCUGCACCUUCAGGUGGCCUUCCCGUGCCUUCACCCUCCCAGGCCUAGCUCCGAGAGGGCUCUCUUUUAGAGUAAUCAGUGCCUCAUCGAAGGGUUUUCCUUUCAAAUUCAAUAAGCAAAAACAUUAUACAGUAAGUUAAGCUCUAAUGCCUUGUGUGCCCAAGAAUAUGUGGACCGUAAUUGUUAUUUCCAUGUUUGAUAAUGGUCUAAAUUUCUGCUCCUUCUCUAUUUGGAAUAAUGUUUUUUGUUAUGUUAAUAAGGGUGACACAGAUGGAGGUUUUGUUUAUAGUUUAUUAGACUGGAAAUAAAUUAAUUUUCUUUGGUGCUAUGCACCCUCUGUGUCUAUGACGACCACCUCCACAAACCUGUGCUGACCUAAGUCGAGCGAUCUGCUGGCUGUGUUUGUCAUUGGUUGUGUUUGGAGGUGGCAGGUGCAGUCCUCCUUGAUUUAGAAACUUACUUCUUCAGUUUGGCCUUUUUCAACCCCGCCUGACCAGUUCAGUUCUUUGAGAUGACCCCACAGUUCACUGCCUGAAAAUCAACUGAGCAAAAUGUGCCCCUGUGUAGGUUCCACCUUGUUCAAUAUAUUAUUAUUAUUAUUAUUAUUAUUAUUGUUUAGUUUGUUUUAAAGAACCUUCGUAUGGAGGGUUUUGCUUGUCACUGCUUAUUUAACUUAUCAAAAUGUAUUUAUUGCUGAUCUUAAGCAUUUUUUUAUUUUUUAUUUAUCUGGAUAAUGAAACAAUAGAAUAUAUUUUCUUUUAUGUUAAAUUAUGAUCUUCCGUAUUAAUCGCAAGAUUGUGAAGACCUGUUUUGUUAUUUUUUUUCCACAGUUAAUAUAUUAUACUGCAAUGACAUUUUUUGUAACUACACUUUGAUUUAUUUUGAAAGUGAAUCCUAAUUUAAAACAAAAAAUGCAAAAAGGGUUUUGCAUUUUAUUUAUUCUUUUUAUUUCUUUUUUUCCUCCUACCUGAUGUUGGACUGUGGUUUAAGGUUUUCUUUGUCUUAAUCCCUUUUCCAGUUGUGGCUGCAGCCACACUCACCGUCUAGAAUGUAGGGUGUCAGUCCUGUUCAUGUUCUGACAGUGUCUUUACCAGGAUGAACAUUCAUUUUAGAAGUCACUAGAAUCAGCUCCUUGCUGAAAUUGAAAAAUUGAAAGAUUUUAAGCUCUUAUUUGAAUGAACCAUGGAAGUUUCCCUAAUCCGCAAUAAUGUGCACACAUUUACUAGCACUUUUAGUUACCAAAUUAGGUGAUUUGUGUUAGUUUUUGUUUCGAUGUUGUUGGACCACUUGUUCCCAUGAAGUGCCUAUCAAUACAUUCCAGGUAUCCAAAAUGUUGUGCCAUCAUAUUUUUAUAUAGCAGAUCAGAUGAAAGCCUAAAAUGUGUUGUAGCUGAGAAUUAAGGUUAACAGGAUUGACACAUGAAAGCAACUGUUGAAUGUAUUCUCUUUCAGCAGCCAGCGCUGUUUACUACAGUCAUUUAUUUGUUCAUGUACCUUUUGUAAAUGACAGAUUGCAGUUUAAAACCAAUAAACCCAAACUUCUUUUGAAAA